AUGGAGGUCGACACAUCGUCCGCGACGGCCAAGAGCGGCGGGGCGCCGCCGCUGCCGCCGCCCGGCCCGCCCGCCAAGAAGAAGCGUGCUCUCCCCGGCAUGCCAGAUCCCGACGCGGAGGUGAUCGCGCUGUCGCCCAAGACGCUGAUGGCGACCAACCGGUUCGUGUGCGAGAUCUGCAACAAGGGGUUCCAGCGGGACCAGAACCUGCAGCUGCACCGGCGGGGCCACAACCUGCCGUGGAAGCUCCGGCAGCGGAGCGGCAAGGAGGUGCGCAAGCGGGUGUACGUGUGCCCGGAGUCGAGCUGCGUGCACCACGACCCCUCCCGCGCCCUCGGCGACCUCACCGGCAUCAAGAAGCACUUCUGCCGCAAGCACGGCGAGAAGAAGUGGAAGUGCGAAAAGUGCUCCAAGAAGUACGCCGUGCAGUCCGACUGGAAGGCGCACACCAAGACCUGCGGCUCCCGCGAGUACCGCUGCGACUGCGGCACCCUCUUCUCCAGGAGGGACAGCUUCAUCACCCACCGCGCCUUCUGCGACGCGCUGGCAGAGGAGAGCGCCAAGGCGCGCGCGCCGCCGCCGGAGGACGGGAGCUCAGGCGCUGCUGGCCCGCCGGCCCUACCGCCGCCGCAGGCACCACCACCAGCCGCUCCGAUGCCACUGCAACAGCUGCCGCCGGCGCCGGCCCCGGCGCCCGCGCCGCAGCAGCACGUGGAGCAAGAGCGGGAGAUCGGCGCUGCCGCGCCUGAGUCCGUCGUCCAGUACGCGCCGCCGGCGCCGCCGAUGCCGUCCCCGCCCUCAGUCAACGGCGCCAAUGUCAGUGCCAGCACCAGCAGCGUCUCGGCCACGUCGCAGAGCCUCCUCGGCAGCAUGUUCGCGCCGUCUUCCGUGGCCCAGGCGCCGCAGUACCCGGAGCGCGCACUGGCCGCCAAGCCCCCGUCGCUGUGCCUCGCGACCGAUGCUGCGUCCGCCCAGUUCUCGGCCCCUGCGGCUGACCGGCAACAGCAGCAGCAGCUCCCGCCGCCGUCGCCGUCCCCGUCGGCGCACAUGUCGGCCACGGCGCUGCUGCAGAAGGCGGCGCAGAUGGGCGCCACCUCGUCGAGCUCCUCGUUCCUGCGUGGGCUGGGCCUCGACAUCUCGUCGUCCUCGCCGGCGUCGACGUCGUCAGGUCAGCAGCAGCACCACCACCAGCAACACCACCAAGAAGCCAUGCAGAUGCAGUUCCCGGAGGGGUCGCUGCAGCAAUGGCCGCCGCGGUUGGAGCCCGAGCCAGCCCCGAUGAUGUCGGCCGGGCUGGGCCUCGGGCUGCCAUACGACUCGACCGGCGGUCCGAUGGGGUUGCCGGAGCUCAUGAUGGGCCAGUCGUCACUGUUCAGCGCCAAGCCAGCCACGCUGGACUUCCUGGGGCUGGGGAUGAGCCCCACGGGCGCGACCACGAGCAGGGGCCUCCCGGUGUUCAUGCAGCCCAUGGGCGGCGCAGUCGGCAUGGCCCGGAGCGGCAGCGGCGCCGCCGAGACGUUCGGCGCCGGCCGGGGCGCUCAGGCGAAGCCGUGGGAGAGGAACCCGAGCAGCUCACCAAUCCUGUAA